UGUGGGCGGAGUUACAGCCUACUCCGAAUAAUGGUGACUUGCUUUUUAUACUUAACCCUAACUGGCACCUUCCUCGGAUCCUUUAUAAACGGGCGGUGAGGGAAGCAGACGCCUGUCCAGUCACGACGAAGCAAGCAAGAUCAUCACAUUGUAUCCGAGGUUGGAUCACUAGUCAACUCCAUCAUGCCCAUCGACCUGUACUACCUGCUCAUCUCCCCGCCCUGUCGCGCUGUGAUGCUGACAGCUGAAGCAGUGGGUGUCAAGCUCAACCUGAAGGAGCUGGACAUCUUCAAGGGGGAGCAGAUGAAGCCGGAGUUUGUGGCUCUCAAUCCUCAGCAUUGCAUCCCCACAUUGGUGGACGGCGACUUUGUCAUUUGGGAGAGCCGACCCAUGUGUUCCUAUCUGGCAUCAAAGUAUGGCAAGGAUGACUCCCUCUUCCCUAACGAUCCCCGUGCCAGAGCCGAAGUGGAGCGACUCAACUACUUUGACAUGGGCACACUCUUCCACCGCUUUGGGGAGUAUGUGUUCCCAGUAAUGUUCCAAGGUGAGAAGGAACUUAACCCAGACAAGCUGGCACGUCUACAGGAAGCUCUUGGUUGGCUGAAUGGCUUCCUCUCUGGCCACAAAUUUGCUGCUGGUGAUAAUAUUACCAUUGCUGACCACACUCUCUUGGCCACUGUCUCCACCAUAAAAGAGGCCGAUGUGGACUUGAGCAAGCAUGCCAACAUCCUUGCCUGGCUGGAGAAGUGCAAGGCUGAAGUGCCAGGCUAUGAGACCAAUCAGAAGGGUGCUGAGGAUUGGGGAAAGUUCUUCAAAUCUCGCUGCAACCUGUAAGCAUAAGGGUCAUCUGUAGCAGUUGGCUUAGUCCCAGCUGAUUGCAGGUUGUGAUGUCAACAGCAGCAUGUGCAAAAGGUUGUUAAAUAUUUAAUGGUUCAUGUUACCAGUGUCCUUCAUUAAGUGUUGUCUUUAAUGUUACCAAUGUUUGAUGUUAAAAUUGCAGACUGGUGUUUGAUUUGUGUUGUAUAAGUGAUAUUAGUGAGUACUUUGUAAAACAUGAAAUGUAUAAAUAAAAAUACUUAACCUCAAAAAUAUAAAUAAAAACCUCAAAUAAAUAAAAACCUCAAAAAUAA